AGCAGGGGGGACAGGAGGCCGCGGCUGUGCGCUCCAGCUCAGCCCGGGAGUCCAGGGCCCGGGGGGGAGAGGAGACGAGGCAGGCGGAUGCGGGGAGCUGCCAAGCCAGCCCUUCCCUGGCCCCCUCAGCCCGCGGGGUGGGGCGCGUGAGCCUCCGCAGGCCACCCGCGGAGCUGGGACGUGGCGUGAGACGGGGAAGCCGAGACCUUCCUCUGCUCUCCGCACCCUCGAUGCCAGACGAGUGAGGGUCCCGGCCCGGCCCCGCCAGCCAUGGCCUCGCAGGACGGGCUGCAGUACCGGGCACUGUAUGAGUACCAAAAGGCGCGGGACGAAGACCUGGCGCUGGCCCCCGGGGACCUGCUGACGGUGAGCGUGGCAGGGCUGCCCGAGGGGGACGAGCGGAGCCCCCAGGGCUGGCUCAGCGGCCUCAACGAGCGCACCAAGGAGCGCGGAGACUUCCCGGGCACCUAUGUGGAGUACGUGGGGCCCGUCAGGGUCAUGGCCAUCGCCCCCAAAGCCAGGCCCCGGCCCGUGCCACCCGCCCCACCCGGGGCGCCUGCCGGCCAGCUUCGAGGGCCCAUGGAGGCCGCGGAGCACACGUCUCUCCCCGAGCAAGCCCCCGUGGCCAUCAGGAGGCUCCUGGAAGCUUUGGAGAAACAAGGUGUCGAGAGCGAGGCCCUGUACCGAUCCCUGCCCGGCGCCGCCGGCCACCCCGAGCUCCGGCAGGCCCUGCUGACGGACCCCUCGGCCGUCGACUUGGACUCCUACGACGGGCCGGCCCUGGCCGAGGCGCUGACAUGGUACCUGCAGGAGCUGCCGGGCCCCAUGGUCCCCCCGGCCGUGUACAGUGAGCUGGUCUACGCUGCUCAAGAGACCCCGAGCCUGGAGGAAUGCAGCCAGCGCGUGAGGGCCGUCCUGGAGACCGCCGGCCUGCCCCCGCCGCAUCGCCUCCUGCUCCAGCACCUCAGCCCCCACUUCUGCCAACGGCGGCUGGAGCCGGCCGGCCGCCCGGGCGCUGGCACGGAGGUGAACCCGGAGCACCACGCGAAGAUCAUCGAGGCGCUCGUCCUGGCUGGAGACACGGCCGAGAGGGACGUGGCACCCGCGCCGCCGAGUCCUGGUUCUGGCCUCGCCUCUGCCACCUGGCUCAAGGUCACGGUGGUCGGCUUUACCGUGUCCCCCAGUUGCACCGAGCGGUUGUUUCGCAGGUGCCGGUUGUCAGGAUCGACUGGGCCAUAG